AUGAGGAUUAACGUCAUCUCGGUGCUGUUUGCCUUCGUGGGCCUAGCCAUGGGCAGGGCUACGGGUUGGGCAGAAGCACCUGUUCCUCGUGAUUUCAACCCGGACAAACUCGCCGACGACAAGACCUGGGAUAAGUUCAAAUGCAAAGGCGAACAGCUUGUGGCAGCAAUGAAAGGCUCCGAGGAAGAGGCAGCAAAGCUCAUGAACCUACCGCACGCACAGAGCGAAUGGACCGAGUUGAAGACAUGGGCCUAUACCGAAGCAUACGCAUCCUCCAUCAACUGCGAUCUGAAGAGCUAUUGGGCAGUCGAGUCCGCCUGCAAAGCGCUCGGCCUCGACACGCGCCCCAAGAUGAUGGGCGGGGCGAACAUCUGCUACAACUUCCAGCACUGGGAUCCGAACAAGAAGGACGACAAGGGUAACAUAGUGCCAAAGGCGAAGCAGACGUACCAAGUUGAUGGCAAGGAGUAUAGGGCGACAGGCGCAGAGAUGCAGAUUGGCAUCAACCCCGUCGGCGGUGUUGUUUUAAUGCAGUAUGUCACCUCGCCUGCAACUGCGGCACUGAACGUGUGGAACAAGAAGGCUACACUUGACGAGCUUCCCGCGCUCCGUCAUCUGAGCGACGUUAUGUGGGGCGCCUGGAACCGCGAAAAUGCAGACAUCAGCAAGAUCAAGUACUUCUGGGUCCAAGGUGUGGGCAACACCAACUCGAAGGCUGUGAUUGCGCGUGCUUUAAAAGCGGCGGGCAAGGAGCUUGAGAAGUGGCCUGGCACCACGCUCGACAUGACGGACAACGGCGCGCUGGCGAUCCUUGGUGAGAUCUUUCGACCUGGCAAUAAGCUCAUUGAGAAAGUCCAGAUCUUCAAGAACGACCGCGACAAGAACCCGGACCCAGAUCUGAUCUUCUACGUCAGCGAUUCUCCUGCGCAGUGA